AUGCUGCAAAAGGCAAAAAGCAACAACCUCGUUUUCGGAGAAGACGGAAAGCUCAAGCACGUAGAUUUUACUGACGACAUGAUAGAGCAGUCGGCGCGUUCUGUUAUGGGAGGAAAAUUUACAGGAAAAGACUUGAUAAGAGAUCUUCAAAAGAAGAAAAGCAGCCAAAAAGCCAAGGCAAAAGCGGAGCGUGAAGCAAGGCGCAAAAGGGGUGAAAUUGUUGAAUCCCCUGCUGACGAUGAAUCCUCAGACGAUGAAACGCCCGCAGAAAGAAAGCUCCGCAAGCUCAAAAAGGAAAAGAAGAAACUUGAGCAAGCCCAAAAAGUUGCUCGCAAUGCCGAGAAAAAGGCUAAACGAGAAAGACAGCAGCAUAAAAUGAAGAUCAAGGCAGAGCAAACUGAGCGCCGCAAUGCUCGAGCAGCUAAAAACGCCGAGAGACAACGAAGACGAGAUGCAGGAGAGUCGGAUGUUUCAUCGGAUGAGUGCGACUCCGAUUCGUUGGAUCUUUCGUCGGAUGAGGAGAUUUCAUCUGACGAGGAUGUGUCUGUUCUCUCGUCGGAUUCUUCAGAAGACGAAGAUCUUUCGGAGUCAUCUGGCGUCACUGUUUACGAAGAUGUUUCUGUCUACUCUUCUAGCGAAGCAACUGAGUACGACUCCGACGGAAACGUCACCAAAGCCAGAAAAGCUCGAACAAGAAAAGUCGUCAAAAUGAAAAGUCGGGCAAAGUUCGAGUAUCAAAGCUCAGUAGACACAAUUUACGACGACGAAGGAAAUGUUGUUCAAGAACAUCAGAGCAGGAAGAAGGUUGUCGUCGUCGAGCGCGUCGAUGAGCAUGGAAAUAUCGUCAAAAAAGUCGCCAACGAGGAGCAAAUGAAAGAAUUUGUUUCAAAAGCGGAGGCAAAAGCAGAGGCAAAGGCAAAAGCGGCAAGCCAGAAUAAAUUGAGAAAGGAAGAUUCAUCACUUGCACCGCCAGAUACUGUUCUAAAGUCGUCGAUGAGUCGUUCUCAUUCGAAAAUUGGAAACUCCCUGAGCAGAAGCGGAUCAAUGGCGGAAAGACCCCCUUGGAGAGCUGGUGCGGUUCGGGACCAGUCUUCCAGAAACUCCGUCACCUCAAGUUACCGAGCAAUGAAUCGUGCCCCAAAAGUUGGUGCUCCGAAGAAGUCGAGGAAAGGAAGAAGAGAAUCGAAAUACGACUUUGCGGAUUUGGCCCCACUCAGGCUUGAAGACAAGGAUGACGGCAGCGAGUUUGAUUGGGGGCAAUUUGGUCUUUCUAAUUCUCCGACUAAAACACCUGAUUUCGCCAAAAUGGAAGAAGAGCUGAAGCAAUUGGAGCUUGCUGAAAACUUUGAAGCAGCUGCUGAGCUGAGGCAGAAAAUCAGAGAUAUGAAACGCGAGGAAAGAAAACGCAUCAUCCGGAAGCAGAAAGAUGAUGAAAACGCCGCCCAGAAAGAAAAAGAAGAACGUCUCUUCAACAAGCAAAAACGUCAAGGCGAUCUAGCUCAAAUGAAAGCUAAUAUUGCGCUCCAAAGACAAGAAGCUAAAAUGGCCGCAGAGCGGAAGCAGAAAGAGCGCCAGGCGAUGCUUGAUGCUUGUCAAACUGAAGAAGAGCGACAGGCUCUGCUCGAUAAAUGGGAGGCAGAAAGACUAGCUGAAGAGGCUGAAGCCGAACGGCUACGAUUAUUAGCCCUUGAACAGAGAAAAAUCCAAAUUGCUCUGCUGAAAAAGCAAUACGCACUGAGAAAGAAACUACAGAAGUGGCGAGAUUUACAGCUAGAAAGCUUUACGUUCAAACGAACUCAAGCCAUCAAUCGACCAUUUGUUUAUUCUCAUCUUCCAGGCCCUCCAAUUCUACCGCCCAUAAUGUCCGGAGCCUAA